AUGUCUGACGGAACGACCAGGUUCGAUAGUUAUAAUGAUUGCACCGCUCGAGAAACCAGGAUCCUUGCUACCUCAACAUUGUCACCAUCAGGCAAUGUUAAGCGGUUGAGGUCUGAUAAUGAGGGUGGUGAAUGUAGCCAAACCACGGAUGAUUUAGACCCCGCUUGUCCACCUUCCAAGGACGCCGUAGAUUCUGAUGGAAAUUUGGACGCUCAGUCAGUGAAUACCGGAGAUAUGACGAUAGCUACAGGUAGAAAGAACUUGGCAGAAAAAGUUAUAGAAAAAGAUUCUACAGUAUCAAAUAUUGAUUGGCAAGAUCCUGCUAAGUGGCGGAAUAACAUCAGCGACAGUUCACGCGUAGCAUUGGUAAAGCUAGGGCCUACAAAAAUAGAUCGGAAUACAAUUUUUCCUUUUGAUACAGAUCGCCGGCGCUUCACCAUAGAAAAUUGUUAUCGAACCCUGAAGAAUGGCGAAAAAAUGGAGAGAUCCUGGUCAAUUUAUUCAGAGACUAAGGAUUCCGUUUAUUGUUUUUGCUGCAAAUUGUUUGGCCUCCGCAACAUUCCAACCCAAUUGCAAUCGACCGGAUUUAGAUCCUGGCGGCACUUGCAAGACAGUUUGAGCUCGCAUGAAAAAUCCAAAAUGCACAUUGAAUGCAUGACAGACUGGAAAGAACUCAAAGUCCGUUUAGAUUGUAGAAAAACCAUCGAUGAUGAGAAUCAAAAUUUAAUCCAAAGAGAGGAAACCUAUUGGAAACAAGUACUUGAAAGAAUCGUUGAAAUAAUUAAGCAUUUAGCUAAGCGGAAUAUGGCAUUUCGAGGUACUGUCGAUCGAUUAUACGAGCCGAAUAACGGUAAUUUCUUGAGCCAAGUUGAACUGAUGGCGAAAUUCGAUCCUAUUUUAAGCGAACAUGUACGUCGAGUUCAAAGUGGGGACCUCCAGCGCGUUCACUACUUGGGAAAGGAAACUCAGAACGAAUUCAUUGACAUACUGGGUAAUGCAAUUUUCAAAGAAAUUAGCAGGCGAGCGGUAGCCGCGAAAUAUUACUCCAUAAUUUUAGACUGCACCUCCGAUAUUAGUCAUGAAGAACAAAUGACUGCCGUUGUUCGAUUUGUCACUGUGUCUAAAAACACCGUGGAAAUUUGCGAGCAUUUCAUUGGCUUCGUUGUUGUAGACGAUACAACUGGUAAGGGAUUGUAUGAAACGUUGUUAGAUAUCUUGAAAUCAAACAAUCUUGAAUUGAAUAACUGUCGGGGUCAAGGGUAUGACAAUGGCAGUAAUAUGAAAGUCUUCGCUGCUUCAACCCAGAGGUGGCAAAUAUUAAAGGAGCACGUUAAUAUCAGUGUGAAAUCAUUGCCUGAAACUCGCUGGGAAGGGAAAAUAAAUGCUGUAAAAGCUGUGAGGUUCCAAAUAGCAGAAAUCAGAGAUGCGUUGCAGGAACUUUGUCGAAUGUCGCAAGUAUGGUAUGAUGUACUGCAAGUGAUCAACAGAAUCAGUAAAGCUUUACAAUGUCCGAAAGUUGAUUUGCAUACUGCAAUGAACAUGAUUGAUGGUGCUCUUCUUCAAUUACAAACCUUUCGAGAAUCCGGUUUCGAAACUUGCAUAGCCACCGCUAAAAAAAUGGCUGAGAAGUUAGAUAUUUCACAAACUUUAACCGAAUCACGUACCCCACGAACAAGACGAUUCUUUGAUUAUGAGUCUCAGCACGACGAACGACCUAGCGAUCCGAUGAAAAGUAUCAUCCGAAACUCGGAUAAUUUUAUGAGAUUGGACAGAACCCAAAUUUUGACUAAGUCCAAGGCUUUAGAAAAUUAUCUGACUGGUGAAGACGAGAACAGUGACAUUGAUGGUUGGGAGCUUGCCGAAGAACUGGAAUCUUUAAAAGCUUACUUCGUAGCCGCUGGAAUGACCGACUUGAGUGCACUCGUUAUGAUAUCGCACAUUAUUGAUAAAGGUCUGGAUGAGAUAUAUCCAAAUUUCACUAAGGUCCUUGCAGUCGAGCCGACUUCAGAUGUCGAGGGCGACAUUCACACAGAGGGUAAUGUGAAUCCUGAAAUGAUACCGUCCACAGUUACUCCCGCAGAUAUUCUUGCGCACGAGAACGUAACCGUGACUAAGAAGGCAGCCGAACCGCCACCGGAGAUUCUAGAACACGAAAUUGAGCUGCAGCAAGAGGUUUUCAGUUCUCGGAUCACGCCCUGA